UUUCCAAAUAACCGCACAUCGCAUUACAAUAAAGUUCAUUUACGGAAGUUAUUGUUAUUAGCAAAGGAAAAAAAUUAUAAAAUAAAAUAAGAAAUUAAUUAUUUCUAGUGGUAUUGAUUAAACAAAAAUAAAAAAAAUAUGUAUUAAUAAAUCCAUGUAAAUUAACAACACUAAAAUUUAACAAGUGUAAACAGAAAGAAAAAGUCAAUUUUUCUUAAGAAGAAAAAAAACUUGUCAAACGAAAAGAAAAAAAACAUACCAGUGAAAAAAGUUGUUGUGUUCAUUUUGUAUUUUUACUAAAAAAACUAAUAAUUAUUUAAAAAACCUGAAAAGACAACUACAAAGAUUUAAGGAAAAUGGAAUCAGCUCAUCCCAUCAGGUGACCAUGCUUAUCUCUAAAUACAAAAAAAAAAAAAAACAAAAACUUAUAAAGAAUUGAAAACUUUAAACGCUAACAAGUGAAUUUGAAAUUCUUAUAAAAAUACAUCUAAACUUUAGGUUAUUAAAGAACAACACACGACUCUCAAUCCUAAACUAUUAACGCUUGAAAACCCAAGACGCUUUUUUUAACUUUAAUGACGUCAAAUCGUUCAAAAACAACAACUAACAAAAUCAAUUAAUAAAAGAAACAAAUAAUUAUUAACAUAUAACUUGCACUUAAUAAAAUUCACCGAUGCUUAUAACUACCUUACUAGUCUCCAUCACUUUUAUUAUAAUUUUAUUGGCUUUUUUAAGGACACGCUAUCAACCGCCUUUAAAACCGGAAAAAUCCUUAGAUUGUGAGAAAAACAACAGCAGAAGCUCUUCAACGAAAAGUAUAAAAAGAGUACAGUUUUCCAGUGAUAGCAUUAAGGAAUCACAGACAAUUUGUGAUAAUUUAAAAAAUUGUACGGAUUCAGAGCAGAAUUUUGCAGCGACUAAUAAUAAUAAUAAUAUUAAUAACAACAAUAAUAACAAUAUGAGUAAUUCAAACAACGAUAGACCAAGUUUUUUGGUCGGUGAUGAAGAUGUUAUUAAUGGCUUGGAAGCAGCCGAAUCUACUGAUAACUUCCCCCAAAAAAUAGAAAAUGAACCACGUCCCAAUGGUGACAUAGUGGAAAGAAGAAAACGUUUACGGCCCAGUAUGUCUCGUGGUACUGGUCUGGGACAAGACCGUUAUCAAGAUCGUGACUUUCACAUUGCCACCACUGAGGAGUUUGUUAAGAAAUUCGGCGGUACUCGGGUGAUUAAUCGUGUACUCAUUGCCAACAAUGGUAUUGCGGCCGUUAAGUGUAUGCGUUCGGUAAGACGUUGGUCCUAUGAAAUGUUCAAAAAUGAACGUGCCGUACGUUUUGUUGUUAUGGUCACACCAGAGGAUCUUAAGGCUAACGCUGAAUAUAUUAAAAUGGCUGAUCAUUACGUCCCUGUUCCCGGUGGUUCAAAUAACAAUAACUAUGCCAAUGUAGAACUUAUUGUUGACAUUGCUCUACGUACUCAAGUGCAGGCCGUCUGGGCUGGUUGGGGUCAUGCUUCGGAAAAUCCCAAAUUGCCUGAGUUGUUGCAUAAGGAAAAUUUGGUAUUUUUGGGUCCUCCUGAAAGAGCUAUGUGGGCUUUGGGUGACAAAGUCGCCUCUUCCAUUGUGGCUCAAACUGCUGAUAUUCCUACUCUGCCCUGGUCUGGUUCUGAGUUGAAGGCCGCAUAUAACGGCAAGAAAAUCAAAAUAUCCAGCGAUCUCUUCAAUCGUGGCUGUGUUAGUAAUGUUGAAGAAGGUUUGGCAGCUGUUAACAAGAUCGGCUUCCCCGUCAUGAUCAAAGCCUCUGAAGGUGGUGGUGGCAAAGGUAUUCGUCGUGUCGAUACAGCUGAAGAAUUUCCUGCUGCUUUCCGUCAAGUACAAGCUGAAAUACCCGGUUCCCCAAUUUUCGUUAUGAAAUUGGCUCGUGGUGCCCGCCAUUUGGAAGUACAAUUGUUGGCCGAUAUGUAUGGCAAUGCCAUCAGUUUGUUUGGUCGUGAUUGUUCCAUUCAGCGUCGACAUCAGAAAAUUAUUGAAGAAGCUCCCGCCAUUGUUGCCCAACCCGAGGUAUUCGAGGAUAUGGAAAAGGCUGCUGUACGUUUGGCCAAAAUGGUGGGUUAUGUGAGUGCUGGUACCGUGGAAUACUUGUAUGAUGCUGAAGGCAAAUAUUUCUUCCUUGAAUUGAAUCCACGUCUUCAAGUAGAGCAUCCCUGUACAGAAAUGGUGGCUGAUGUCAAUUUGCCCGCCUGUCAAUUGCAAAUUGGUAUGGGUAUCCCCCUCUAUCGUUUGAAAGAUAUACGUCUAUUGUACGGUGAAAACCCUUGGGGUACUUCUAUCAUUGACUUUGAAAAUCCUCCCAAUAAACCUCGUCCCUCCGGUCACGUUAUUGCUGCCCGUAUUACUUCCGAAAAUCCCGAUGAAGGUUUUAAACCCAGUUCGGGUACUGUGCAGGAACUUAAUUUCCGUUCCAGUAAAAAUGUUUGGGGUUAUUUCAGUGUAGCCGCUUCGGGUGGUCUUCAUGAAUUUGCUGACUCACAAUUCGGUCAUUGUUUCUCUUGGGGUGAAAAUCGUCAACAGGCCAGAGAAAACCUGGUUAUUGCCUUGAAAGAACUUUCAAUUAGAGGUGAUUUCCGUACCACAGUUGAAUAUUUGAUUACCUUAUUGGAGACAAACAGAUUCUUGGACAAUAGCAUUGAUACCGCCUGGUUGGAUGCUUUAAUUGCCGAAAGAGUACAAUCCGAGAAACCUGAUAUUUUGUUGGGUGUUAUGUGCGGUGCCUUACAUAUAGCCGAUCGCCAAAUUAGUGAGGCCUUUAGCAAUUUCCAAACAUCUUUAGAAAAGGGUCAAAUCCAAGCUGCAAAUGCUCUGACCAAUGUCAUUGAUGUGGAGUUGAUCAAUGGUGGUAUGCGUUAUAAAGUUCAGGCAGCUAAAAGUGGUGCAAAUACCUAUUUCCUUUUGAUGAAUAAUUCAUUUAAGGAAGUCGAGGUACAUCGUUUAUCUGAUGGUGGCAUGUUGUUGUCAUUCGAUGGUGCCUCCUAUACCACCUACAUGAAAGAGGAGGUUGAUCGUUAUCGUAUUGUGAUUGGCAAUCAAACUUGUGUGUUUGAAAAGGAAAAUGAUCCCUCAUUGCUAAGAAGUCCCUCGGCUGGUAAAUUGAUUAAUCUGCUAGUCGAAGAUGGUGCUCAUGUUACCAAGGGUCAGGCUUAUGCCGAAAUUGAGGUCAUGAAAAUGGUUAUGACUUUGACCUCGGUGGAAGCAGGUAUUGUCACAUUUGUUAAAAGACCUGGCGCCGUAUUAGAUGCCGGUUCCUUAUUGGGUCACUUGGAACUUGAUGAUCCCUCUUUGGUUACUAAGGCUCAGCCUUACAAAGGUCAAUUCGUUCAACCUGAAAAUCCACCCCUACCAGAGAAACUUAAUCGUGUGCAUAACACAUACAAGUCCAUUUUGGAAAACACCUUGGCUGGUUAUUGCCUACCAGAACCCUACAACGCCCAGCGUUUGAGAGAUGUUAUUGAAAAGUUCAUGCAAAGUUUAAGAGAUCCCUCUUUGCCUUUGCUAGAAUUGCAGGAAGUUAUUGCCUCGAUUUCUGGUCGCAUACCUAUAUCGGUGGAGAAGAAAAUACGCAAACUUAUGACUUUGUAUGAGCGCAAUAUCACCAGUGUCUUGGCACAAUUCCCCUCGCAACAAAUCGCCAGUGUUAUUGAUUCCCAUGCUGCCACUUUACAAAAACGUGCCGAUCGUGAUAAUUUCUUCCUGACCACACAGGCCAUUGUACAGUUAGUGCAAAGAUAUCGCAAUGGUAUUAGAGGACGCAUGAAGGCUGCUGUGCACGAGUUGUUGAGACAAUACUACGAUGUAGAGUGUCAAUUCCAACAUGGUCAUUAUGAUAAAUGUGUGGGUUUGGUUAGAGAACGCAACAAGGAUGAUAUGCAAACAGUGGUGAAUACCAUUUUCUCUCAUUCCCAAGUGGCCAAAAAGAAUCUGUUGGUUACUUUACUCAUCGAUCAUUUGUGGGCAAAUGAACCUGGUCUUACCGAUGAAUUGGCCAAUACUUUAAGUGAAUUGACUUCCCUUAACCGUGCCGAACAUUCUCGUGUUGCCUUAAGAUCUAGACAAGUGUUGAUUGCUGCCCAUCAACCUGCCUAUGAAUUAAGACAUAAUCAAAUGGAAUCCAUUUUCUUGUCUGCUGUUGAUAUGUAUGGUCAUGAUUUCCAUCCUGAAAAUCUACAACGUUUGAUUCUAUCGGAAACCUCCAUCUUUGAUAUUUUGCACGAUUUCUUCUAUCACUCUAAUCGUGCCGUUUGCAAUGCUGCCCUUGAAGUGUAUGUGAGAAGAGCCUAUACCUCCUAUGAAUUGACUUGUCUACAACACUUGGAACUUUCGGGAGGUUUGCCUUUAGUACACUUCCAAUUCUUGUUACCCACUGCCCAUCCUAACAGACUUUUCUUGCGCAUGGCUUCUGAGGGUGUUGAGAACGGUGGCGAUAACUUGGGUACUUCUUAUCUACGUACCGGCUGUAUGGCUGCUUUUGAUUCCUUCGAACACUUUGACAUGUAUUCAGAUGAAAUUUUGGAUCUGUUGGAAGAUUUAGCUUCUCCUGCCAUGGUUAGUGCUAAAGUUUUGGAGGCUGUAGAGGCGGCCGACUCCAUGAGUGAUGGACGCUUAAGUACCUCCAUUAAUGUUUCGCUCUCGGACCCCAUUACUCGUGCAAAUGCCGCUGAGGAGGCUAAAUCCACAGAACCGAUACAUAUAAUCAGUGUGGCUGUACGUGAGACCGGUGAAAUGGACGAUGUACAAAUGGCCCAAAUAUUUGGCAACUAUUGUAAACAACAUCGCGAUGAAUUGUUCCAAAGAAGAAUAAGACGUAUAACUUUUGCUGCCUUGAAAAAACGCCAAUUCCCCAAAUUCUUCACCUAUCGUGCCCGUGACGAUUUCGAAGAGGAUCGCAUCUAUCGUCAUUUAGAACCGGCUUGUGCCUUCCAAUUGGAAUUGAACCGCAUGAAAACCUAUGAUCUCGAGGCAUUGCCAACUGCCAAUCAAAAAAUGCAUUUAUACUUGGGCAGAGCCAAGGUAUCCAAGGGUCAAGAAGUCACCGAUUUCCGUUUCUUUAUACGCUCCAUUAUUCGUCAUUCGGAUUUGAUUACGAAAGAAGCUUCCUUUGAGUAUCUACAAAAUGAGGGUGAACGUGUUUUGCUUGAAGCCAUGGAUGAAUUGGAAGUCGCAUUCUCUCAUCCCUUCGCCAAACGUACCGAUUGUAAUCACAUUUUCUUGAACUUUGUACCCACUGUUAUUAUGGAUCCAGCCAAGAUUGAAGAGUCUGUAACGAAAAUGAUCAUGCGCUAUGGUCCCAGAUUGUGGAAAUUGCGUGUCUUGCAAGCUGAAUUGAAAAUGUUGAUUAGACAAAAUCCUCAAGCUCCUACACAGACUGUACGUUUGUGUAUUGCCAACGAUUCAGGCUAUUUCCUAGAUAUAUCCAUGUACACCGAACAUACCGAUAAGGAAACUGGUGUGAUUAAAUUCAAGGCCUAUGGCGAAAAACAAGGUUCUCUACACGGCUUACCUAUUUCCACUCCCUACAUGACCAAAGAUUUCUUGCAACAAAAACGCUUCCAGGCCCAAAGUAAUGGCACCACAUACGUUUAUGACAUUCCCGAUAUGUUCCGUCAAAUGACUGAACGUCUAUGGAAAGAAUACUCCAUGGCGCGUCCCACUGUAGAUGUGCGCAUACCCGAGAAGAUUUUAAUUGAAUGUGUAGAACUUGUUUUAGAUGACGAUAAUCUAGUCGAAAUGAAACGUUUGCCUGGUGAAAAUACCUGCGGUAUGGUGGCUUGGCGCAUUAUUUUAGCCACCCCCGAAUAUCCUGAAGGUCGUGAAAUGAUUGUUAUAGCCAACGAUUUGACUUACUUCAUUGGUUCAUUUGGUAUACAGGAAGAUAUAGUAUUCCACAAGGCCUCACAAUUGGCUAGAGCUAGAAAAGUACCAAGAAUUUACAUUUCCGUUAACAGUGGUGCCCGCAUUGGUUUGGCUGAAGAAGUCAAAGCCAUGUUUAAGGUGGCAUGGGAAGAUCCCGAAGAACCCGAUAAGGGUUUCAAAUACUUGUACCUGACUACCGAAGAUUACAGCAAAGUGGCCAAUCUUAAUUCUGUGCGUGCCAUACUCAUCGAAGAUGAGGGAGAGCCUAGAUAUAAAAUUACCGACAUCAUUGGCAAAGACGAGGGUUUGGGCGUAGAGAAUUUACGCUAUGCUGGUCUCAUAGCUGGUGAAACCUCACAGGCUUACGAUGAAAUUGUUACCAUCUCUAUGGUUACUUGUCGUACCAUUGGUAUUGGUUCUUAUUUGGUGCGUUUGGGUCAACGUGUCAUACAAAUUGAUAACUCACACAUCAUUUUGACUGGUUAUGCUGCCCUCAACAAGUUGUUGGGUCGCAAGGUGUACGCUUCGAAUAACCAAUUGGGUGGUGUACAGAUUAUGUACAACAAUGGUGUUUCGCACAAGACAGAGGCUUUAGAUUUGGAUGGUGUUUACACCAUUCUGGAUUGGUUGUCUUAUAUACCCGCCUAUAUUGGUUGUGAUUUGCCCAUAGUUGAUCCCAGUGAUCGUAUUGAUAGACCCAUUGAUUUUAUGCCUACCAAAGCUCCUUAUGAUCCACGUUGGAUGUUGGCUGGUAGAAUGAAUCCUGCCAAUGCCAGUGAUUGGGAGAAUGGUUUCUUUGAUCGUGAUUCUUGGAGUGAAAUUAUGGCUCCCUGGGCUAAGACUGUGGUAACGGGACGUGCUCGUUUGGGUGGUAUACCAGUGGGUGUUAUAGCCGUAGAAACACGUACCGUUGAAGUUGAAAUGCCAGCCGAUCCUGCCAAUUUAGAUUCUGAAGCCAAGACUUUGCAACAAGCUGGCCAGGUGUGGUAUCCUGAUUCUUCUUACAAAACUGCCCAAGCUAUAAAAGAUUUUGGUCGCGAAGAAUUACCUUUGAUGAUAUUCGCCAAUUGGCGUGGUUUCUCUGGUGGCAUGAAGGAUAUGUACGAACAAAUUGUUAAAUUUGGUGCCUAUAUUGUUGAUGGUUUGCGUGAAUACAAAAAACCUGUUUUAAUCUACUUGCCACCCAAUGCUGAGUUGCGUGGUGGUGCCUGGGCUGUUUUAGAUUCUCUUAUUAAUCCCCGCUAUAUGGAAUCCUAUGCUGAUCCCGAGGCCAGAGCUGGUGUUUUAGAACCUGAGGGUAUAGUCGAAAUUAAAUACAAAGAAAAGGAUCUAGUCAAGACCAUACAUCGUUUGGAUGCCACUACAAUAGAGCUGAAAAAACAAAUGGAUGAAGCUUUGGCAGCUGGUGAUAAGGCUAAGGCUGGUCAAUUUGAUGAGAAGAUUAAAGAACGUAUUGCUGCCUUGGUGCAUGUUUACCAUACAGUGGCUGUUCACUUUGCUGAUUUGCAUGACACACCCGAACGCAUGUUGGAAAAGGAUUGUAUUAGUGAAAUUGUACCCUGGCGUGAAUCGAGAGCUUGGUUAUACUGGCGUUUACGUCGUCUCUUGCUAGAGGACUCUUUUAUUAAGAAGAUUGUUAAGGCACAAGACAAUCUGUCGGUGGGUCAAGCCAAAGAAAUGUUGAGACGUUGGUUGGUCGAAGAUAAGGGUGCAACUGAGUCCUACAUGUGGGAUAAGAACGAAGAAAUGGUACACUGGUAUUUGGAACAAAAUAAUCCCGAUUCUACUGUCUCCCGUAACAUAAAUGCUGUACGCAAGGAUGCCAUUAUAUCCAGCAUUACAAAAAUGCUAGAAGAUUGUCCUGAUGUUACUUUAGAUGCAGUCGUAGGUCUUUGUCAAAAUCUAACCCCCGUGAAUCGUGGUGUUGUCGUACGUACUUUGGCCCAAUUACAGUUAAAUGAAGAGGCUGGCAAUUCAAAUAAUCAAGGAUGAUAUAGUUCGUCGUCGUCAUCAGCAUCAUCAUCCGCCGCCACAACCACAACAGCUAAACAUCCUUUAUUUACCUAUCAUCAUUAUCAUAAUUAUUAGAUUUAAUUAAACUCUCUACACUCCUCUCUAA